GUGCAACUCCACGAACUGCAACACUACCUCCUUUUAUCUCCAUAGAAUUAUUAAGUCUGGAAAAAAUGUCCCAGUCUACAGUAGCGAUGCCGCUCGGCCCCGAGGACGAUCUUAAAAGUUACUCGUGCGUGAUUUGCCGGCAGCGAAAGGUCAAAUGCGACCGGCGCAACCCCUGUUCUAAUUGCGUCAAGGCAGAGAAGCCAUGCAGCUUUGUCGCCCCAGUGCGAGGGAAGAGAAAAAGAACGAAACCACCCAAAGAGAGUCUCCACGCUAAAUUGAAACGGCUUGAGGAGCUAUUGAAAUCAUACGGCGCGAAGACUGAACUGUCCGAUUUCGACGACUCCGACUCAGAGUCGAUAUCUCACCCAGAUGAUGAGAUAGCCAGGUCUCUAAGCCCAAGUCACAAUGAUCCCUUCUUCAAGCUAGAAGAUGAUAAACCGAAGCUCAUAAAAAAGGAGGGAACGUCAAGAUAUUUUGAUAUCACACCCUGGGCUACUAUAGGAGAUGAAUUUCAACACCCAGAGGUUGGUGAGUCAACAGAUGAGGCAAAUUUCCAUGAAAGUGGGAUUUUCUUCGAGACGGAACCAAAUUAUGCCUUCGACAGCGUCGCAAGCUUACACCCUUCUUUGCCGAUAUUGGCAAAGAUGAAGGAAGUGUUUCUAGAUCGAAUUGAUCCUCUGAUGAAGAUAAUCCACGUCCCUACAUUCUGGGCCGCGCUAACAGACACACUACGGAAUCCUCAUAACCGCUCCAGAAGCUUGGAAGCAUUAAUAUCAUCCUUCUAUCUGGUAGUCGUCACAUCAUUAACGGAUGAGGAGUGCCAAAACUUGUUUGGGAUAGAGAAAUCGAUAGUCAGUUCCCGCUACAGGCUUGCAACUCGCCGGGCUUUAGUACAUGCUGGAUUUCUAUCUACUUCCAGUCCGAUGACGCUCCAGGCGUAUGCAAUUUUCACGAUGUGUGAAAGAAAAAGUUAUAGACAUGAUACCUUGUUCGUAUUAUCAGGAGUUGCGAUCCGACUGGCUCGGAAAAUGGGAUUGCAUCGUGACGGUUCACUUCUAGGGUUAUCUCCAUUUGAAACUGAAAUGCGGAGGCGGCUUUGGUGGCACCUUGUCCAUGUGGACUUUCGCUUGGCCGACAUCCUCGGCACGAGGCCUUCGUUAGAUCUCGUUUCCAAGGAUACUAAGAUACCGCUAAAUGUGAACGACGAAGAUCUUGACCCAAAUAUGGUCGAAUUACCCCCGGAGCGCAACGGUAUAACUUCUGUUUCAUUCUGUUUGAUUCGAUGCGAGAUAUUAGAAGCCUUGGAAAGAUUUAUGCCGUCAUCUAUCAAUGGGGUGGUACACUGGGAGGCGCUCCGCGGAUCAGACAUUCCUCUCGCCGAAAAGGACCGCAUCAUAGAUCAGAUCGAAGAUCAUCUCGAAACCAAGUAUCUACGGUAUUGCGAUCCGUUGAAUUCGCUUCAUACUUUCAUAUCAAUCAUGGUCAGGUCGUCCAUCGGUAAGAUGAGAGUAUUUGGUCAUAGCCCCCGGUCGUCCGCCAACAGACCUAUCAAAAUGCCGCAGAGCGAGCGCAACUUGGUAUUCGCGAACUGUAUGAAGCUUUUGGAAUAUUUAACCGUAUUGCACGGCGGUCUGAAUAAUAUGGAAAAGUACAUGUGGCAAAUCGGCACCAGCUACCUCUGGGGUACAAUGCUCUACGUGCUCAUCGAGACUCGGAGUCGCAAAAAAGGCCCCGAGGUUGACAGGACGUGGCAGUUGAUUGGAGAGGUCUACUCACACUAUCCCCAGAUUUUCGAAGAAUCCACCGGACCUGUGUUCACCGCAAUAGGGAAAUGGACAUUGCAAGUUUGGAAUGAGUGCGCCGCGGCUUUAAAAGCCGAAGGGCACCCAGAACCGCCAAUGCCCCGGUAUAUCGAGAGAAUCCGUCGCUGCCGGGAAACGUCGUCGGAACCACAAUUCAAACCCAAAGGUCCGGCUGCGGAUUAUGGGCCUAUUACCCCGGAUUCAUCUGACUACACCAGGAUGCAACCUCAGGGGUAUGAAGGAAACUUCGGUGAUUUAGAAGCUUUUGGGCCUUGUGAUUUCUCGGAUCUUCUAUCUCUCCAGAUGGACUCGAACGAGUGGAUACAAUGGGAUCAGAUAAUUGCAGAACCGAGCGGCUUCUCUUAACUUAACAUAGUAUGUUAACCCUUGAUUUAAGCGAGCAUGAGUUAUGAACGGGGUCGAAUGAGAGGGUUUUGGUAUGCUACCUGGAGAAUUAGGAGACGGGCGGUUGGAUUGGAGCAACUGGAUUACUCGAAUAUGUGUACGAUAGGAAUUCAACUAUAUACCCAAGCAGGUGUAUUGUAUUAUUACCCUCGGGUUGUCUACAAGUUGAGCAUAUUAGGAUCGUGGAUAUAAAUUUGGCAUAGCACUUUUCAACAUUCACAG